AUGGUAGCUGAAGUGAUCCUCCCAGGACGCCCAACUACCCUAAAGGCGGAUAUCCGUGAGAAGAUCGCCAAUUUUUAUAAUAUCAAUCCAGACACAAUGGCAAAGAAUACGCCGUUGUCACAAGAUGAUAAGGUUGCCAAGACUGUGGAGCAGCGGAGAAAGGAUGCAGCCGCUCACAAAGAAGCAUAUAAUGCUAUGCCGGAAGCCGAGAGGAGGCAUCUCAACUCUGAGAAGUAUGCCAAUCGGAAAGCUGAAGUGAGUUAUAAACACAGGUGA